ACCGCUGGACGCUGCGCCUGUCGCACCCCCUCCCACGCCGCGAGCCCCCUCGCCCUCUCCGGACGGACGCUAAAAUCCCACGUGCUGGCCCGCUUGUAUCUCCCCGCGUCCCUCUUACUCUCUCACAUCUCCCUGUGACUCUCACUCUCCCGCUCGCCCUCUCACCCGGUGGGAGAGACUCACCCGCGGGGAACCAGUGACUUGUGCAUACAAUUGUUUUAGUGCGUGAACUAGUGGCGGCGUUAAGAAGCGGAGCAUCACCUUCAGGAUAAUCCGGCCACUUCAGCAGCUCCUCCAUUACAAGCGGACGCCCUCAGCAGGCUGGCGUAUCACGGCACCUUCGGGGCCCAGGGAGGGCUCGGGGGCAGCAUGGCAUACCUCAAGAGCCCGCCCUACCCCAUGAACGGGCUCGGCCUCAGCAUGGGGCACCACUCCCCCAUGGACCACGGAGUGCAUCCCUCAGUACCCUACCCAUCAGGCAACUCAUGGACCUCCUUCUCCACAGUGUCUCAACAACCGGCCAGGAAGCAGCGACGGGAGAGGACCACCUUCACCAGGGCUCAGCUCGACGUGCUAGAGUCCCUCUUCGCCAAGACCCGCUACCCGGACAUCUUCAUGAGGGAGGAGGUCGCCAUCAAGAUCAACCUGCCAGAGAGUCGGGUCCAGGUUUGGUUCAAGAACCGUCGAGCCAAGUGUCGGCAGCAGGCGCAGCAGCAGAACAGCAACAGCGGAGCAUCGAGCGCCAACAGCAGCACCUUGAACAGUAGUAACAACAACAGCAGCAGCAGCGGCAGCACUGCCGCCGCCAUCACCGCCGCCGCCCCCGCCGCCAACACCACCGACAGCACCAAGGCGGCCGCCCCGCGCCCCAAGAAGAUCAAGAGUCCAUCUACGCCCUCGCCGCCGCCUCUGGUCAUAAAGUCCUCUCCUCGCCCCGCCUCGCCAGCCUACAAGCCGCCCUCGGUGUCUCCGGCAUCAGCACACACACCGCCCAACACCACGCCCACGCCCACGCCCACACACUCCUACGGCAGCUUCCAGCCAGCGCCGCCCACCAGCGACCACACCAACAGCUACUCGUCACUGUGGGCGCCCACCAGCCUCAGACCCAUGGGCGACCUGCACGUUUCGACCGCCAACUGCAUGCAGACGCCCUCAUACCACAUGCCCAGCAGCAAGAGUCCCGGCUCCUCCUGGAACCAGAACUACGGCCCGGCCUCAUAUUACGGCAACAUGAGCAUGGAAUACCUACCCCACCACAUGAGCGCCCACGGCCAGUUCGCUCCCGUCACCAACCACAUGGGAGGCUUCCAGCAGAUGGGCGGCCACAUGAUGAGCUCCCACAGCAUGAUGGGCAGUCAGCACUACUCUCGUGCCGCCGCCGCCGCCGCCGUGCCCGUGCAAGGUGUCACAACACCAGGCUCGCAAGACUGCAUGGACUUCGGGGAAAAGUUCCAGGUCCUCUGAGCGUCGUCUACGCCGCAGUUCCCCGUUUCCAGGAUCUCCGGGCUCGGCAGUUUUGUGUACGAAUGAGGUGGUUGGUGAACCACGGGGACGACUCGACCACCCGGCGGACGACGACGUAGCUGAACUUUCUCCGUCUCUUCCCGCUGUCACUGGCCGCCACCCACGUCACUGUAGGUGGGUGUAGGUGGGUGUGCCACUCUCUCCUGGCUCGCACACUGUGAGUUCUCAGGAGCCAGAUGGAUAGCCUAGUCCUCCGUCAGGCUAGGAGGUCGUGGGCGCUUUUCUACUGAACAGAGGUGAAAAAGGAGCCCUCCCUUUCCUCCCCUCCCCCCCCACAGAGGGAUGGUGAGGGAUGGAGGGCAACUGUGGAGGGCCCGUUGGAAGGUCAGCUGGAGGGAGGGGAGGGAAGGAGUCGGCCGGCCACCUGCACGCCCGGGGAUUAACGGAGCAAAUGUGCACAGUCUGAUGCCGCCCAUGUCAGCCUCUUGCCAAAGUGUUUCGCUCGCGAGCACUCGGCCAUCACCUCUCUCACCGCCUCUCCCCUGGAUGGCGUCCGAUACCCUGUGGAAGUGGCGAGGUGGCCGGGCAAGAGGGCUUUGAUCUCUCUAUGUUGUGCGAUUCGUCUUUCACGAAGCCUUCACUAACUGUAGCCAACGCGCGUAGAGUCAUCACAGGGUAAUUAAUUAAUAUUUAAUUGAUUCCUCUUGUACAUACCGAAAAGCUGUCGUAUAGCCGAUUGAAUCGCCAGGAAGGAUUCAGUAUGCUGGCAGUCUAUGGGAGACUCGUAGCAUUUUUUUUUCCAUAUGUUUAUUCAUCAUUUAUUUUUAAUCGGUGACUGUAGCCUAUCAGUCCAUUCGAGUAAGCAGCGCAAAUCUGAGACUUGUUUCAGGGAGGCUGAUUGGUGCGACUCAAGUGGGGGGGGGGGGGUUCUACUCUGGAAAUGUGUAAUCAUCGGUGUUGCUUUACUUAAACAAUGCCUCUUCCUCCUCCUCCUGUACAUAAUAAGUAAGUUUGUACUCAGUACUCAGGAGGGUUUGUGCUGUGGUGUUUGGUUGACGACACCGUCAGGUGGAUGGUAGUGCAAUAUGGUGUGGUGGUGGUGGGGGGGGGGGGGAGGCGACAGACACCACUCCACCGACAAUAUGUAUCCUACCCAAAAAUCGACCAGCCAUCCCACACAGAUGCAUACAAACACACACACACACACACACAAGAGGCAUGACUUACGAGGAAAGGCUGCGAGAAAUGCACCUCAAUACUCUGGAAAACAGAAGAGUAAGGGGAGACAUGAUC